AUGUAUAACUGGGCACGUUCCUACGUGCUGGAAGCUGUGGUAGCCCUCCAGGACUCCACGCUCUCAUACGAGCAAGUUGCAGACCGGAUUGUGUCUCUAUGUCGAACAUCAGUACGAGAAGCACCGGAGAGCGCACGUCAGGACGAGAGCACAGACACACCUGGGGUGGAGAUGUUUCUCAGCCAGGUCUGGAGUACCCUGCUCAGACUCGCCGAAGAGGAUCCAUCAUUCCAUGACCGCCUCGCCUAUAUCCUUUCUGAAGUCAGAACCCGAGGCCAAGAGGACUGGAACAUCUGGAGGACUUCCUUCGAUUGGGCCAAUCUCCCUACCUUUGGCCUUGAAGCUCGGGAGUCUAUGAAUGGUCCCGAAGCUUUCGACGAAGACAGGAGGUAUGUCUCCACGAACGACCCCGAAUGCAUCGCGGCUCUCUCGGGAGACCCACCCGUCGACUCGGUCGCCUCGCGUGCGGGCGCCCGCGCACGCCGCAAUUGGCUGAACUUGAACGCGUUUCUGGCCCGCCUCUGGGUGCUCGAUGUCUGGGACUGCGCAUUCUAUGGGAUCUCAACGAUGAGCAUGUCGCUAGAGCCGCACUCCAUGCCGGAUCUCGGAUACAUUGGACCCAGUGUUGAGCUCGCGCUCGAGGUGGCGGAGGUCUGGAUACGCGUUGCAGGGAAGCGUAUGUUCGAAUGUCGGGAGAUACUGGGACCCAAAGGAAAUCCGGAGUGGCCCUUCGGGAACUGCCCUGGGGGUAGCGGAGGGACGUGGGACGGCGUAGAUGGCUAUCACCCGGAGCGCUGGCAACAUUGGAAGGGCAUCUUCCGUGAUAUCAGUCAAGGUCACUGGAGGAGCAAUGUGAUCGAUGCGGCGAAGGCGGCGGUUGAGGCCAUGGAGCAAAUAGAGAGGGAAGCCGUCGCGACUCAGUAG